UUAACACAGUUUUCGUUUAAACACACGCGGUAGUUUCAGAUCAACUUGCAAAAAUGCUAACAAUUUACGACUACGUAAUACUCUGUGCCAUGUUAUUAAUAAGCGUCGCUAUUGGAAUCUACUUCGGUUGCUUUGGAACUAAACAAGCGACUACUAAUGAAUAUUUACAUGGUGGCAAAAAAAUGGGCGUGAUUGCUGUUGGAGUUUCUGUAGCCGUGAGCCAUUUUUCAGGAGUGACCAUGAUGGCUAUUCCAGCAGACGUAUACCGAUUCGGAGCCUAUAUUAUCUUCAUCAAUCUGUCUGCUAUUUUGGUCGGACUCCUUUCAGUUUAUGUUUAUUUGCCAGUCUUCUUUAAAUUACAAAUUACUAGUAGUUACGAAUAUCUAGCAAAGAGAUUUGACAACCGUACUAAACAGUUGGCGGUGUAUUUGUACCUCUUUUCAGAGAUUGUCUUCUUUCCAAUGCUAGCAUAUAUUCCAGCUUUAGCGUUUUCAGCCACGAGUGGUCUCAGUGUUAAUUUAACAGCGUUCGUAGUUUGUGGUUUGUGUAUCUUCUAUACUACAAUUGGAGGACUAAAGACGGUGGUUUGGACCGAUUUUUUCCAGUUUAUUGUGAUCAUGGUAUCCGUAACUAUCAACUGUUAUCUAGGUUUGAAAGAAUCAGGUGGUUUUAUGUCGGUUUGGAAAACUGCUUUAAGUGGCGAAAGACUUAUUAAUAUUACGGAUUUUAAUGUAGAUCUAACACGACAAAAUUCAUUUUGGGCUUCGACUGUGGGAUACACUGUGACCAUGGCAUCUACUAUUGUCGUACAUCAAACUGGAGUUCAGAAGUACUUGUCUGUUUCAAAAUUUCGUCACUGCAUUUGGUCUGUCGUAUACAGCACAUUUUGUAAAUGUGCAGUUUCAACUCUGUGCGUCUUUAUUGGUCUUGAAAUAUAUGCCAAAUACUCAGACUGUGACCCUCUAAUCAGUAAUAAAAUCAAAAAACAUGAUCACAUAUUACCUUAUUUCCUGACAGAAGUAGCAGGACAAACACCUGGAAUUUUAGGUCUUUUUGUAGCGUCAAUUUUUAGUGCUGCCUUAAGUUCGAUGUCGUCACUUCUAAAUUCGAUAGCUGGAAUUAUCUAUAACGAUUUAAUAAAGAAACGUUUAAAGAAGGAAUAUUCUGAACUAACACAAAGUAACAUUUUGAAAGUACUUGUCAUCCUCUGCGGGGUUGCAUGUACUUGUUUAGUGUUCCUUAUUGAACAUUUGGGGCCACUACUUGCUUUAAAUGUUGCACUCAGGGGACCAAUUAACGGUCCACUUCUUGGAAUGUUUACACUGGGAGUGCUUUUCCCUAAAGCUAAUUCAGAGGGAGCUUUCUAUGGUGGAUUGAUUAGCAUCAUUUGUGUGUCAGCGUUAAUGAUAUUAACAAAAUAUUAUGAACUCAGAAAGGUAUUAGUUUAUCCAACAAAGCCUUUCUCUGUCGACGGCUGUGAAAAUGUAUUUAAAAAUUCGUCCACAAAUUCCAUACAUCCUCAUCUGGCUAAUUUCACGACUACCACUUCUGCUUAUCAGGAAGUUCCAUUUUUCUUGAAAUUGUCUUUCCACUACUACACAUUACUAGGUGGUAUACUUACAAUAUUUAUAGGAGUAUUAAUAAGUGGCAUGACAGCAAAAAGUCAGAAUCCUGUUGAUGAAGAUCUCAUCAGCCCUAUUUGUCAAAAGUUUGUUUCGAAAGAACGCCACAAAAAAUACGAUGAAUUUCAUGAGAAAGAAAGUAGGAAGCAUCUGAUGGAAGUUAAUUCCGAACAAAAUACUUCACUUAAUGCUGUCUAACUUGUGGGAAUCAUGUUGCCGCUGACCUUAACAACACAAAAAUUCAAUAUGGUGGCUAUUUUGGUUUGCAAAAAUUAAAUAAUGAAGAGACGACCUACAUAAUUUGGUGACGCAAUGGGCAGCUAAAACUACAUAGAACAGAAAUUUUAAAAAU